CGGGGCCCGACAGGCUGCGGGGCGGCGGGCGCUCAGGGCGAUGCAGCUGCCGCCCGCACUGCACUCCCGCCUAACGGGGGCACCCAGGGCGGCCGAGCCGCUGCCCGUGGCGAGGGACCCUGCGGCCGGGGCCGCGCCCUUCCGAUUCGCGGCGCGCCUGGUGCGCUUCCCGCGGGACCACGAGCUCUUCGAGGACGGGGACGUGCAGCGGCACCUUUACCUCCAGGAUGUGCUCACGCAGGUGGCCGCGGCCCCGGAGAGGCCCAGGGCCGGUUUCCUUUGCAGAGUGCCCGAGUUCACCUGCCAGGUGGCCGGCUGCUGCCAGGUGUUCGAUGCCCUGGAGGACUAUGAGCACCACUACCACACACUGCACAGGAACGUCUGUUCCUUUUGUAAGCGGACCUUCCCGUCGGGACACCUGCUGGACACCCACAUCCUGGAGUGGCACGACUCGCUGUUCCAAGUCCUGUCCGAGAGACAGGACAUGUAUCAGUGCUUGGUGGAAGGCUGCCCAGACAAGUUCAAGACCAGCCGGGACAGGAAGGAUCACCUGGUGCGACGGCACCUCUACCCUGCAGAUUAUCGGUUUGACAAACCCAGGAAAAGCAGAGGCCUCACCUCACCUGGGGCCACUAUGCAAGUGUCAGCAGACUCCCUGGGGCAGGACGGGGAGCAAUCUGAACGGGGCACCAUGGAAAUCUGCUCUGAACACACAGCCCCCUCCCGAGAACCCGCCAGUGAGAGGCGGGUCUACAGCCACAGCACAGCACAGCAGAGCCGCACCGCCUCUCCAUGCGGCUUAAGCUGGGACAGGAAGAGCCUUGGUCAUAAUCCCUUAAGUCUGACCUGAUACCACCCACUAUCUGUUUUGGUCAGGCUGCAUCUCGAGGAUUUAAAAGUACCAAGAAGGGAAGGGAGCAUCAGUGACAUUGGGGACAGAGCCACACCUGCAAGCAGACUCCCACAGGCUCUGGAAAUGACCACAACAUGUGUUCUGGUGAAUGAGAUGCGGAGGCCAGCGUGCCUCCCUCUGCAGGUGCCAUCCUAAGAAGGUUCUUUUUAAACACAUAACGUAAAUACUUUUCAUUA